AUGGAGGGAGCAAUGGAAUUGGAAUCAUCAACGGCCACAGAUCUCGACGAACUCGAUCCUUCAUCAACAUUCUUAGAUCUCACGAGUUACCAGCUUCACGACCUUGACUCAGUCGAGUUACCUCCUAACCUCACCGAGUUAGACCUCACCGCGAAUCGUUUAUCUAACCUAGACCCUCGCAUAGGCCAAUUAUCCGAUCUCAAAAAGCUCUCUCUCCGUCAAAACCUAAUCACCGACGCCGCCGUUGUUCCUCUCUCUUCCUGGAACGCCCUCUCCUCUCUCGAGGAGUUGGUGUUUCGUGAUAAUCAGUUAAAGAAUGUUCCUGAUGUAAGCAUAUUUAAGAGGCUUUUGGUUUUUGAUGUUUCUUUCAACGAAAUUGCGUCGUUACAUGGUGUGUCUAGGGUUUCUAAUACUUUGAAGGAGCUCUAUGUAUCGAAAAAUGAAGUUACGAAAAUCGAGGAGAUCGAACAUUUUCAUGAGUUGCAGAUUUUGGAACUAGGUUCUAACAAAUUGCGGGUGAUGGAGAGUUUGGAGAACCUUGUAAAUUUGCAGGAGCUAUGGCUUGGACGUAAUCGGAUUAAAGUUGUGAAUCUAUGUGGUUUGAAAUGCAUUAAGAAGAUUAGUUUGCAAAGCAAUCGUCUUACUUCGACGAUUGGAUUUGAGGCUUGCAUAGCUCUAGAAGAACUAUACUUGAGCCACAAUGGUAUCACAAAAAUUGAAGGCUUGUCGUCUUUAGUCAAUCUCCGGCUUUUAGAUGUGUCAUCAAAUAAGCUAACCUCUGUGGAUGACAUUCAAAACCUGACACAAUUAGAAGAUUUGUGGCUUAAUGACAACAAAAUAGAAUCACUUGAAGGAUUUGCUGAGGCUGUCGCCGGGUCAAGAGAGAAGCUUACCACAAUCUACCUAGAAAAUAACCCUUGUGCCAAGUCACCUAACUACACCGCCAUCCUAAGGGAAAUCUUCCCCAACUUACAACAAAUUGAUUCUGAUGUAUUUUCUUAA